GGAGGAGGAAGAGGAGGAGAAGAGGAGGAGGUGGUCUGCGCUAUUGUGCUGCUGGGGAUACAUCAAUCUGUUGCUGCUGUAACAUCUGCACUGGCUGCUGUUUUGUGCUGACAGGAGCAGAUUUCCUGAUGGAGUAAAGAGGCUUAUGAGCUUGUGCAGGCAGAGGAACAUGGUCAUUAAAUUGCUCUGAAAGUCUUCAAAUUACUCUACUGGUGUUUGUACCUUGGAAUUACUGGAUCUGGUUCUCAUAAGGAGAAGUGAAGAUUUCAAAAACGGGUAUAGAUGUGUGAAAUGGUUAAGCUUUGGGAGGGUGGAGAUCCUUGUGCUGAUGGACUGUGCCAAAUGGCAAGAUGAUCAGGGGAUGACUCGGAUCCUGAUGAACAGAAAGCCCAUUGUGCUCCAGAUGCUGACUUCAUGACCAGUCUAAAGGAGGAUGCCAAUGAUCCUCUACGCCUGUAUAGUCCGGCUCCAGGACGGCCUCCCUCUCUCAGCCUCUACUGAUUUCCACCUGAACCAGCAGCUGCUGGAGUGCAAGAGAAAGCUAAAGGCCCUCACACUCACCAUUUCUCGGCAACCUCCAAGAGGAACAGCCAAAGUGUUUGACUUCAAUAUACAUUUUUGCUCUUCAGCCGACAUUUCAUCCUUGACCAUUUGCUCCGGCACCUUCCCUUCUGCCAUGGCCUUCUGCUUCCUGGAUGAGCUGCUGUGGGAGUUCUCAGCCUCAUAUAACAGAAUGGCCAUUGCCCUGGCCACUAGGCCGUACCCCUUCCUUGAGUUUGACACUGCAAUCCAGAGGUUGAAGCACAACUAUAACUUUGCCAUUGACCUCCCUGUCCAAAGUGAUCCCUCGCCUCCCCCUGUCUUUGUUAAGUUGGACGACGUAGAGGAGAGGAAUGGGCUGCUGAAUGGAUAUGCAGCCUCAAAGCCAGCCCCUAAUUGCAGAAUGACUCCUGUAACGGCCCUGGGAAUCCUGUCGCUUACACUCAACAUCAUGUGCUGCGCCCUCAGCCUCAUCCGGGGGGUUCACCUGGCGGAACACUCGUGGCAGGAUGGCUAUGAAAAUGUAGGACGAGUAAUGGCGUUUUUGACAGCCUUUUCUGGCAACGUAUUGCAGUGCUACUUGUAUCUGUUCCACUGCUCGGCGAGGAAGAUGAAGGCCUGCGGGCUGCUGGGAGUCGUCUGCCUGUGCAACGUCUAUUUAUACGGACUGCGAAACGCGUGGCAAAUUCUCUUCCAUGUUUCGGUUGCCCUUCUUUCGGCUCAUCAGAUCCUGACAAGGAGACCUCUGGACAGAGACAGUGGCCCGGGAGUUUAAAUGCGAGACGUGUAUAAACAAUCCCCUGCUUUAUGGGACACCACGACAAUAACCAAUGUCUGUGGAUUUCUACGUGGAGUUAUUUUUAUACAGAAAUCUCCCAGCUGUGCCGGUAUUAUUAUUAUUAUUAUACGAAGAAGGUGUAUUUUUACCUAUUCCAGCUGGACACGUGAGGGUGUAAAACAGCGCUCCAAUCCGAUCAACGGGAAACUGGAAAAAGUACAGAGAGUGCAGAACAAAAUAAAUGGAGAGAAUAAUGAAGAACCACUAGACCUCUUGGAGGUCAAGACUAUAAAGUGUUCGGAGACCAAGUUUUACAGGGAAUGGCUUCUUGGCUCCUUAUAGCCGUAACUGUACUGGGUAGCGGCAGCGCCCCAUGUCUUGCACUGAUGAGUAAUGUGAGUAAAUAGCAACUCAUGGGGGGAUUGAAACUGUCUGUUUGCAAGUUGGGUUUUUAUAGCUCUCCGCUUCUGCCAGUAUUUAUGAUAUUAAAGGGCCACUGCCUUUUUUUUAAUUCCCUUUGUAUUUGUCAAA